AAUAGAUGCAUGGUAAAUUUGGCUUUUUCCCCCCUAAUUAAGGAUGUUAAUGAUUGGGUUGGGCCACCAAAUGAUAAUGGAGUAAUUAAAGAAGUUACUAUUAAUCCAGACACUACUUGUGGCAAUGACUGGGUCUCUGAACAUCCAUGUCGCCAAAUAAGGAACAUGGUUAUUUUCCACAAUGUAGUGGAUGGGCAGCCUUUUACAAACUGGUAUGAUAAUGGGAGCAACCAAGUUGCUUUUGGGAGAGGAAACAAAGGAUUCAUUUUUUUCAACAAUGAUGACUGGUCAUUUUCUUCAACUUUGCAAACUGGUCUUCCUGCUGGCACAUACUGUGAUGUCAUUUCUGGAGAUAAAAUUAAUGGCAAAUGCACAGGCAUUAAAAUCUACAUUUCUGACGAUGGCAAAGCUCAUUUUUCUAUUAGUAACUCUGCUGAAGAUCCAUUUAUUGUAAUUUAUGCUGAAUCUAAAUUGUAAAAUUUAAAAUUAAAUGCAUGUUCUCAAAACAA